UGCAUUCCGUAAGUAUGACGCACUGACAUGGCGGAGUAGCUAGCUGGGCUAGGCUAGAACGGCGGUAUUGGAUCUGUCAGACUUUCUUUCUUUAUAAUUAAUAACAUUUGGGUUAUUCAACUCGUCCUAAAAAUCCAAGUCUCUAAAGGACUUUGUUUACUCGGAGUAUUUUGCUGCUUCGGAAGCGCCAAUCUCAAUGAUUUUAUUACUUCCUACUCUAUAGGAGUCAUAAUAAAGGAUCUGACAACCUGUGUAGUGCACUACAGAGUCUAGGGGAAGGUGUUUGAUAUGCGGCCUUAGCGGCAGUUUAUGUUACCAAAGUCUGAACCGUACCUGUAUUUUUACAUUUCUAGACUAUUCAGCUAUCAAACGGCAGUGAGUUAGCUAGCACCAUGUUUGUUUCAGCAUUCUGUGGAGUUUUAUGCGGUGCUUUUCUGGUCGUAAUGCUUUUUCUUUUGCGUUUAAUCACUGUCUUGCGAACUGGUGCAGAAUGUAAACCUGCUAAAAAGGGCUCGGUUUGUGUUCUUAUUGUGGCCGGAUCAGGUGGACACACUACAGAGGUCAUUCGUUUGAUGGGGAGCUUGUCUCAAUCCUACACCCCACGCCAUUAUGUGAUAGCAGACACUGACAAGAUGAGUGAAGAAAAGAUUCGGACAUUUGAAGCAUCUAAGGAGAAAAGCAGCACUCAAGCACAGUUCACCAUUCAUCGGAUCCCACGGAGUCGAGAAGUCCGUCAGUCAUGGAGCUCCUCUGUGCUCAGUACUCUGUACGCUCAGCUCUACUCGCUUCCUCUGGUCUUCAGACUCAGGCCUGAUAUGGUGCUGUGUAAUGGGCCUGGGACCUGCAUACCUCUGUGCACUGCUGGAUUGCUCUUAGGGAUCCUGGGGCUCAAGAGGGUCUUGUUGGUGUAUGUGGAGAGUAUUUGCCGUGUGGAGAGCCUCUCCCUGUCUGGAAAGAUCCUUUACCACUUCGCUGACUACUUCUUUGUGCAGUGGAAGCCUCUGCAAGCCAAAUAUCCCAAAUCAAUCUACAUCGGGAGGAUAGUAUAAAUGGAAAACUUGACUCGACAGAACAUUAUCAUUUUGUACUCAGUUUGGUACAGUGACCUCUAUUCGGUCAUAUGUGUGUACUUUUCAGUGUUGCUUUUUAUAUUGACUGUCUGGUUAAUUACAGACACUGUUACUGGAAUGUACAGUUUUAUGUUACAGUGAACUAAGGAAUGACAUGUGCUAUGAUUUAUGCACUGUAUGUUCUCAUGCCCUUGCAGUUGCUUAAGUGUAGCUAAAAAAUCUUGUUGCACAAACGGGCCUUGCAUUGAGUCUUUUCUAUUUUAGAAAAUAUUCCUAUUUUUCUAUUUUUUCUAAACACCACUGACAAAUUUUCAUGUUGUUCAGUUAAAUCCUCAGUCAUUCAGCUACUCGACUUUUGGUUUUAUUUUGUUUUAUAAAUAGCUGACCUCCUUCUGAAUGCUGUAAAGUUUUCCUUUGUCUUUGUGCUCAGUGUUUGCUCUAAGAAGCCUGGAGUUGCAUUGUGAAAUUUCCUGUCCUUAAUGCUACUACUGACACAGACACUGGAACUAGGCAAAAGUAUGUGGCUUGAAUAAUUGAGGUGUGCUCUUUUGCAAUCGUAAAAACUAAGGGGGAAGAAAGAAAAAAAAAGUUUCCAUUUUUAGCCCUUAUCUCAGAACACUAGUAUUGUAGACAUGUGUUCAUGCUAUUUUUGGGAGAACCAAUAAAUAUAUUGAAUGGUAAACA